ACAACGUCAAGUCCGUUUCCACUCGAUUCACAACUCCAAAUAGAUCCCCCAAAAUGUGUGUAAAUUUUCACAUCUUUGUUUGUUGUCAAUUUUCGCACAACUACGUGAGAUGACUUGCGCGACUGUUGUACGUGGUCUCAUCGAAAUUUCCCAAAUAGUUGUAAAAAUAAUUCAUGAUACCUCAGCAUUUUGCAAACCGGUGCUUUCAUUAAUGCGAGGGAAUUGAGUUUGGACUGAGUUAAUUGGUGAGUGCUGUUGCGGUUGGGUUUUGGUGUCAGUUGAUUAGAAAGUCAAAUCAUUGUGUUUACGUGGCCCAAUGCAAGGGGAAAAGGGUUGCAGAUCAAAUCAAGGUGUUUUUUAUUAACAAAUGGAAGACACAAAGAGUGAAAAUUCGGUGACAAUGGAGCAGCAGGUGCAACAGGACUCGUCCUCCUGGGGCGAGUGGACCAUUAUUCACGAUGACAAGGAGCACAAUUCUCAGAAUCCUGUGGCAGGUUUUCCAGAAGGAAAGCCUAAGGAACUUGAUGGGGAUGAUGACAAGGAGAGAGAGUGCCACAUCGAUGAGGAGGCACGAGAGGUGAUAGAGGAAAUUGAUCCUACCACUCUUGAAUCUUCUGUUGCCUCUGUUACCCCACGGGAAGAAGAUUCAGAUGGGAUUUCUGUUAUCACCGAGAGCGACAGGGGAGACAGUGAAAUUAAGGGAGAUAUUACGAAAUAUAUUGACUCUGAACAAACAAUUCCACGGUUUGGACUGUACACGAACUUCAUCGCAGCUUGUUGCCUGGCGGCAGCUAUUGGUUUUGGCAUUGGUUGCGUCGUUGGCAACGGAAAACCUCAACUUCCAUCAGCCAAUGUCCAAGUGUCGCUUAAACCAACACUCCGACGAGUUGAGGAAUUGAAUACUGAUGCUUCAGGGGAGAUUUCCAUCACCACUGAGUCCGAGUCAUUCGAUCCAACGUUAAAUGCUCCAAAUAUCGUGAAUCAAGAGCCAACGAGUCAUGACAUAUUGCAACAUUUGACACAAGAAAACGAUCAGAAUUUAAAUAUUCGAAAAUUCGAGCAGAUUCCCGCGUUCAGGAACUCCCUUCAAAAACUGAAAUUAUCCCUGGAAACAUUGUGUUCCUUAAUAGAUCAAAAUCAGAGAGUAAACUACGAGAACGUAUGCAGCAAGAAUUCAAGAAUUUUUGAGGUCAUCAAGCUGAAGGGGACAGUGGAAUACAUUGUCAAUGAAUUUGGAUACAAAGAGGACGCCUCCAUGAAGCAAUUCAUUGAGAGCAUAGACUCCAAAAUUGAAACCACUGUUGCAUCAUUUUUAGAUCGUUUGUCGAAGAUGGUGGAAAAGAUGCGAGGGAGGCUCUUUCAGAGGCUUUGCUUGAUCAGAAACACCUACGACAACGGGGCAAAGAUCCAAGAAGUACUGGAUGGGAGAUUAAUAUCUCUCGAGAACUGUAAUUCGCAUAAAAUUCCAAAUCCAGAUAAGAAGAGGAAAACUAAUAAAUGGAAGGGAAGAGGGAUUGAUUCAGCUUCUGGAGAAAUACCUGGGAUGGAAUCUCUGAAGAUGGAAGAGAGUGCUGAACUGCCAGAUGUCAACAAAAAUAAGAGGAGGAAUCACAAGUCUGAGGAAUUUCGCAAGAGCAAGUGUCAUAUUUCAAAUGAAGAGACUUUGGGGGAUUAUUCGAGUGAGAAAAACGACAUCAAAAAGUUUAAAUCGAGUCAGGGAUCGAAGGACGACUUGAACGAAUGGAAAGAUUUUUAUUCAUCAGAACAGGUAAAAAAUCUAGGAAAGAAUCACGCGAAGUCGAAGAAGAAGUACCAGAAGCAAUCAAAGGAAUCCAAUGAAAAUUCUUCAGAGGAAAAGAAUUUCAAUACUUUGGACGAGCAGAAGGAGAAUAGAGGGGGGUAUAAAAAGGAUUUUAAACCGUCGAAAAAGUAUGGAACCCCCAAGGGAGAGCCAAAGGAGAAUUUCGUGGAGAAAAAACAUGGGAAUAAUUACGAUGCAUCGGAUGAAAGUAAUAAAGGACAGGGUGAUAGCGUUUGUUAUUCGAAGAAAUGCUCUAAGCCGUACGACAAUGAUGAGAAAAAUCAUCGGAGGGGGAGUGGAAAGAAUGGGCAGUGGCAAUUCGAAAGGGCUCAAGGCAGAAGGCAAUAUCGUUCUGACGAGGAAGAUAUUUACGGUGUGUGGUAUGACAACAGAGCGAAGGCUCGAGAACGAGCGAGACUCAGUUUCUAACCAGAGAUAUGUCUUUUUUAUAUUUAAAUUAAAGUUUUAAAUAAAAAUGUAGAUGGCUGCAAUGGGGGCAAGGAUAACAUACUUUCAAACAAGUUUUAUUUGAAAAAAAUAUUACCCUUUGACAGUUAUUAAGAGACUUAAGACUUCACUACAGACCUGAUACGAUAAUAUUUCACUCUUACUAGAUUUGUAGACUUGUCAAAAUAAUUCGAAUAUUAUAGUUUAUUGCUCCAUAAUUAUUUUAUGCAUUUUUACUUUAACGAAAUACUUAUGUUGUGCAAAACAUAUAACAGAAAUUUUUUGUUCAUCAUCUGAAUAUUUAAAAACGGGAAGUUAAUACCUAAAUAAAAUUGGACUCCACUCCAGGUUUGAAUCCUGAAAACGCAGAUAUUUAGUUUAAAAGACAAAUUUAUUAUUACUAUUUACAUUUUCAUGGAGAAAUGAAAUAAUUUCAAUCGAAUAAGACUUGUUUGAAACUUGUUUUCUUUUCUAUUGGUGUGGAGUUUGUUGAAAUAUGGGUAGAAUUUUUUUUCUUCCUCUAAUAACUUGUAACUGGAGAUGAAAUCUCUGUACUUUAGACUCUAAAGUUUAGAGUGUAGUGUUGAGGUGGUCGAGGAUUUUAUUUGUACCAAAUUGACUGGCUGUACUGUCGAUAAUAGUGACGAGUGAUAUUGGAAAUAAAGAUAUGAUAUGUGUUAGUUA